AUGUGCCGACGCACACAAGGGAAAAAGGACGAGAAAGCAAGAAAGAAAAAGAAGAAAGAAAGAAAUGGUGAGGCCAGAGAGGAAGAGAUCUGGGGGGAGGAGGGACGGGAGACCGGGAAGGAGGGGACUGGGAGCAGUCGUCACUGCCGCGCCGCCGCUCCGUUGCCUUCGCGCCGCACCACCAUCGCAGGAGAGAACCGAGGGGAGAGAGAGCGACGCAUUUCUAGAGAGGGAGCUACUGCCGUCUGCACCGCCGGACCCUAUUCGCGUUGCUGUCGCCGAUUGGUGGAAGGGAGGAGCAGAGUGCGCACAGAGGAGGAGAAGUCGUUCACCACUGCCAAACCUCCAUCGCAGCAACUCGCUGCCACUAAAGCUCGUCACUGCUGCUGUGCCACCACCGCGGAGAGAGGGAGUGACGCGAUUAAAGAGAGGAGGAGGAAGGAGACCCGUGCGCCGUCGGAGCCAGUGUCGCCCAGUCGCCACCGUUCGUGCCUCGCCGUCGCCAUUCAAGCCACUGCCGAGUCACCGUCGAUGAAGCUUCAGCCGCCGCCAUCGAUUUUCACUGGGGAACAACCGUCGUGCCUCUGGUUGUCGGAAUCACGGACUGGAGAGAAGGGGGCUGCCUCUCCUAUUGCUGCUGCUUCGUUCUUUUAUCCUAUUCUGCAUCACCUUCACUUUCCAUUAUUUUUGUCAGGUUCCUUCUUGCCGGUAAUGGCCGUUGGAUUUGCAACAGCUCCAACCUUUGUUUCCUUCUUAAUUCGGGUUGACUAUUGUGUACGGUGCUUCUAUGGCUGUCACUGCUACGGAAAAUGGUUGGAUUCGAUGUCAUUGAAUUUGGGCCAAGAGAAAAGGAUUUUUAGUCGCUUUUGGCUUUGUGGGUUUCGACUAAUUGAGGAACCGGAUGAAGAAGUAUUAUGAAGAGUUAUAUUGCGUUUUGGUUUAUAUGAUAUUGUAUUAAUUAGAUAAUUUUUCUUCCCUCGUCUUUGUUAUUACAAUUUUAUAAGAGGGAUAGGAGUUGUAUGUUUUAUAUGUAAAUUACAUUAUAAGCUAAUAUGUAAGAAGUAUUGUAUAUGAAUCUAUGCCUGUUUAUUUUUUUA